UUAGCGCACCAUAUACUUUAGAGUUUCUCAUCGCGACAAACACCACGGAAAUGUCAAAGUGUACAGAUAAUUCGGAAGUAUUACAAUCGGGUUUUGAAUAUUACCUUGGUGGUGAUCUAAUUAUUCUACAACUGACAGGGUUGUAUUCAAUACGUCACGUUUUCACACUGGACCAACCCAAAUGGCCUUAUUGGGAAGUCAUCCCGUUCAUUUUCGGAGGAGGAGGAUUAUGUUUCGCCUUAAUCAGUGAUAUACGUAAUGCUUUGGGAUUUGUACAAACGGAUUCCAUGUUAACUAUUGAAAUUGCCGCAGCUUGCUUCUCUGGUUUUUUGAGUAUAUUCAAAGGCUUUCGAAUAUGGAUAUAUCGCCGAGAGUUGUAUGACUUAAUACGAUUAUGUUACCUUCGUUGGAAAAUUCAAGUAUCCCGCAAUACUAUAACAGAGUGUAUGAUGAAGGAUGCUCAAGCAGCACGCCAUUUCAGAAUUAUAUACAGCGUAAUAGUUGGGCUACUUCUCACAGCGUAUGUCCUAUUGCCGAUCAGGGGAUAUUUGCAGUUUUAUUGCUCUGGAUCAAAUUAUUCCUUUGAAUUUUCGGAGACUGUCUAUCCCGCAAAUUAUCCUUUCACAUUGACUUCUGUGAGGCCAUUCUUUUUCUGCAUCGCCCUAGAGACAGUCGGAAUAUUUUUCUUAGGUCUCUACUGGCUGGCAGCAGAUGCCGUUUUUGCUCAGAUCACAACGCACUUAGCCAUCCAAUUCCAAAUACUCGGAAAUGACGUCCGCCAUAUCUGUCCCAUUACACAGAUGCGGUCAUACGGUCCAACAAAGAUUAUCCAGCGAUUAAAAAGAAAUAUUGAUGAACAUUUGGAAUUGUUUGGAUACGUCCACUUCUUGGAGAAGAUAUACAAUCCAAUACUACUUGCCACUGUACUUAUUAAUGGAAUAGAUCUAUGCACCUGUCUUUAUAGUCUGCAAUAUCGACUUGCAGAGAGUAAUUGGGGGGAUGUCGGUAAAAAUGCUGUGCACGCGAGUGCCAUCGUUCUACAAACUUUGAUGUUUUGCGCAUGUUCUCAACGUCUGAAUGAUGAGAUCGCUGGAGUACGUCAGGCAGCUUACGAGUGUUCGUGGACAGAAUUUAAUACAUCCAUAAAAACUAUGAUCCUAUUAAUAAUGAUUCAAACUCAACAUGAAUAUAUCUACUCAGCGUACGGUUUUAUUCAUUUGGACAUGCCUCAAAUUUUUUCCGUUGCUAUGCGAUAUUUUACACUAUUGCGGACUGUCACUUAA